AUGGCUCGUAACAGACUCCAGCAGCCCUCCUACGAGACCAACCCCUCGGUCCCCUCCCAGGGCGGUAACCCGUACGCUCAGGCCGCGACUGGGUACCCUCCCCCUCAGCAGCAGGUUGGCGGAUACGGCGCCGGCGGCGCUUACGGCCAGCAGGACCAGUACGCCAUGGGCGGACUCAACUCCCCGAACCCGUACAGCGACGGACUCAACGGCGGCGGUGCUGGCGGCGACUUCUGGUCGCAGCUGAGCGCGACCAAUGCUGAGCUCGAUGCGCUCCAGGAGAAGAUCCGAUCAGUGUCGCAAGCGCACCAGCAGACCCUUAACUCGACCGACUCGAACUCGAUUGCCUACGCCGACCAGCUCGCCGAGGAGGCCCGUCAGGCCCGUAACUCGUGCCAGGCUUCCGUCAAGCAGCUGUACAAGGUUGCGAAGGGCAAGAACGAGAAGACGCAGGCUGCUACCGCCAAGACGAGGCUCCAGAACCUGCUUCAGGAGCACCAGCAGAUCGAGAAGGAGUACCGAGUAAAGACUCAGGAGCGGGCAGCGCGCCAGUUCAAGAUUGUCAAGCCGGAUGCGACCCCCGAGGAGAUCAAGGAGGUCACGGAGAGCGACAACCCGCAGGUCUUCUCGCAGGCGCUGCUGAACACAAACCGCUACGGUGCCGCGCGCACGGCGUACCGUGAGGUGCAGGAGCGUCACGCCGAGAUCCAGAAGAUUGAGCGGACGAUGACCGAGCUCGCGCAGAUGUUCAACGAGCUCUCGAUGCUCGUCGAGCAGCAGGACGAGGCGAUCACCGAGAUCGACAACCAGAUGGCCGCCGUGCACACCGACAUGGAGACGGGUAACCGCGAGCUCGACGGUGCGAUCAAGAAGGCCAAGGCGGCCCGCAGGAAAAAGUGGAUCUGCUUCUGGAUCUGUAUCAUCAUCAUCAUUAUCAUCGUCGUGGGUGUCGCCGUUCCCCUCGCUGUUAAGAACAACAAGUAA